AUGGGAGCACAGUCGGCUAUUCUUCUUUUCUUGGCCCUGUGUUUCUUUCGGUGGAGUCAUGCAGCAGGAAAUAAUACUUGGGAUCUCUCUGAAGAAGACGGCAGAGAGUUAGAGAGGGAACUCAAAACCCUCAACAAGCCUUAUGUGAAAUCUUUCAAGGACGAGUAUGGGAUUACCUAUGAUUGUGUGGAUAUCUAUAAGCAACCGGCUUUCGAUCAUCCUUUGCUUAAAAAUCACACACUUCAGUUUCCAAAACGCAGUGAUAACACAAACAAGGUAGCUACAACAAAGAAAACGCUUCCAAGGCUAUGUCCUAGGGGAACUGUUCUUAUCAGACGGAUAACGAAAGAGGAUCUAAUAAGAGCAAGAAAGUACGCACGCAUGCAACUACAGCAAGCACAGAUAACGGAUACCAGUGGUGGAGACAAUCAUUAUGCCGGAGUGGAAUUUGCAGCUGGUAACGGACCAAUGUUUUAUGGCGCAAGCGCAAAGCUGGACGUUUUCCAGGUCUCCGGGGUUUCAAACAACCAACAAAGCGAAAGCCAGAUCUUCAUUAGCAAAGGGACUGAAGGGCCCAAGAAUUACAUUAACACCGUGCAGGCCGGAUGGGUGGUGAAUCCUCAACUGGAGGGGGACAACCGCGCUCAUUUCUUCACGUAUUGGACUUCAGAUGGUUAUCAGAAGACUGGUUGUUAUAACCUGGUUUGCCCGGGGUUUGUCCAAACUAGUACUCGGUUAACGCCUGGCAAGAUCUACACACUAAGCACUUUGUCACUCGAUAUUUACAAGGAUCGGUUCUCUUCCAACUGGAUGCUGUACAACGACAGGGAACCCAUUGGGUACUGGCCCAAGGAAAUCUUCACUAACAUGGCAGAUAGUUCCGUGGUGCAGAUGCAUGGAAAUGUUUACUCGCCCUUUGACGAACCGAGUCCGCCCAUGGGAAGUGGCGUACUCAAUGGAGCAAAAUUCACGAAUAUAUUAUUGACGGAUGGACAGAGCAAUAGCAAAUUGCCUGUGAAUUUUAGGAAAUAUAAUGAUCUCGGGGAGGCUUAUUAUGGCGUUGACUAUCGCGUUCAGAAUGGCGUGAUGUAUUACGGUGGGCCCGGGGGUUGGAAGAAAUAA